CUCCAAUCUUAAGAUUGCCUGGUUCCCCGCUUCAUGUUGAUAUUUGUGAGGCACAGUGAGACUUUCCGCUUCCCGUCGUCGCCUCAAUCUACAAAUGGCACUCGUCGAUCGGAAUGACAACUCGAAGGGAGUUCUCGAAGCCCGAAACGGAAACGUAAGUUGGUCAGAUGCCGACUAUUGUUCGAAGAGCUGUACUUCGCCUGCUUUGACGACAAGUUGGGUAGAACCUUCUAGCUGUGUCAACUAUUGGACUCCCGUUGCCUCCCGAUCAUACGACUUUAUUAGACUGACACGGAACUUUACGGUCGAUGGCUGUGCGCCUUCUUUAACGGCUCCUGCUGCUUGCAGUGAUUGUCCUCCCCAGGUACGUCCUACGGCUUUUAGCCCGGGAAUCUUUCCAAGUGAUUAUCCUGCUCCUGCAACGAGUAUAUAUGAAGAUGUUACAACGCUCUAUUGUUGUCCCAGGUAAUGAAAUACGAGGUUCCCUUUAUUUACUGUCGAAAGCUUAUCUCCAUUCGAUAGAAAUGCCACAGGAUACACUCAGACGUUAGGCCCCAACUAUGCAGUCACCGGAUUCUGUAGCGGAAAUAUAAUGAGUGGUUUCUUGACACUCACAUUCAACUCUACUCGCCUCUAUACCUCCACGUUUGGGACGUUUGGGACGCAGACUUCAAUAUCGAGCUGGCAGACUGGGAUUCCCUCUGUCGAUACGUGGGUCGCAACUGUGACUAAGACGACCAGUGCUGUUAUAAAAACAACCGUUCCUGCAUACUAUGGGGAGAUAUAUGCCGAACCCCUCAUCGUCAAGUUCAAAAGUGGAGACAUAACUCCCAGCAGCUCCUCAACAGCUGCACCUCAAGCUAGCGCUACGACAUCGGUACCGGUCGCCUCAUCAUUACCACCACCAACCGCGAUUUCCAACUCCCCAGAACUCUCUGCGGGAGCAAAAGCUGGGAUUGGGGUGGCAGUGUCUCUCUGCUUCAUCGCUUUCGCGGCACUUGCAUUCUUUUUCUGGAGACAUAGACGGAAUAGUCACAGAAUAGUGGAGGACCAAUGGGGACGAACUGAGAGGAGAUCUGAGUUGAGUAAUGAGCCUAUGAAAGUUAAGGAAUUGCCUAGUCCGAUUGGCGAGAGGCACCCUGUGGAAAUGGGUUGAUGUUUCGAGAGAUAAGGGGAUGGUUUAAUAUGUAAUUGGAAGAUAGCCAAUGUGGGAGAAUGUUGAUAUGAAGUUGGAUUAUAUGUAUGAUUUAUAAAGAAUGGAUUAAUAAUGACUGGU